AGUUCCAAAGGUCUCCCACUUACCACAGCCGUCAGAGAAAGCAAAAUGAUCGAACCCAUUGGGAAUCAGUACGUCGUGUCCAGGCCAGUGUAUUCUGCAAAUGCUUUUGGGGAAGAACAUAAGAAGAAACAGAGAUAUCAUAAGACAUUUCUGGAUUGUCUCAAACAGUGUUGCAGCUGUUCCCCGCAAAAGGCCAAGAAAAUUGCCCUCUCCUUGUUCCCUGUAGCAUCUUGGUUGCCAGCGUACCGCAUAAGGGAAUGGCUACUCAGUGACAUUGUUUCUGGGAUCAGCACAGGGCUGGUGGCUGUACUACAAGGUUUAGCAUUUGCUCUGCUGGUCAAUAUUCCCCCAAGCUAUGGAUUGUAUGCAGCCUUCUUCCCUGUCAUCAUCUACUUUUUCUUGGGCACAUCUAGACACAUAUCUGUGGGUCCAUUUCCGGUUCUGAGCAUGAUGGUGGGAGCAGCAGUUGUGAGAUUAACCUCAACAGACGAGACAGGGGAUUCAAUUGUCUCUAAUAGCUCCAUGAGUAAUGAUUCAUCGUUAUUAGAUGAGCAGAAGGUGCUGGUGGCUGCGUCGAUCACAGUUCUUUCUGGAAUCAUCCAGUUGCUCAUGGGGGUUCUGCAGCUGGGAUUCGUGGUGAUAUAUCUAUCCGAGUCUCUGAUCAGUGGCUUCACCACAGCUGCAGCUAUUCAUGUUCUGGUUUCCCAGCUCAAAUUUAUUCUUCAGCUGACAGUCCCAGCGCACACUGAUCCAUUUUCCAUCUUCAAAGUACUAAUUUCCGUAUUCUCACAAAUAGAGAAGACUAACAUUGCAGACCUUGUGACAUCCUUGAUUAUCCUAGUGAUUGUAUCUGUGUUUAAAGAAAUAAACCAGCGCUUCAAAGCCAAACUUCCAGUGCCCAUCCCAAUUGAACUCAUCGUGACGGUGAUUGCAGCAGGCGUGUCCUACGGCUGUGACUUCAAGAACAGGUUUAACGUGGCCGUGAUUGGGGAGAUGAAAAGAGGAUUUCAGCCCCCUAUCACACCUGACGUGCAGACUUUCCAAGACGCCAUCGGAGAUUGCUUCAGCAUUGCCAUUGUUGGCUUUGCAGUGGCCUUUUCUGUGGCCAGCGUCUACUCCCUCAAAUGUGAUUAUCCGAUCAGUGGCAACCAGGAGUUAAUAGCCUUGGGCAUCAGCAACAUAUUUGGGGGAUCAUUCAGAGGAUUUGCCGCGAGUACCGCCCUCUCCAGAUCAGCGGUUCAGGAGAGCACAGGGGGCAAAACCCAGAUCGCUGGCCUUAUCUCCGCCAUCAUCGUGCUGAUUGUCAUCGUAGCCAUUGGAUUUCUCCUGGAGCCUCUACAAAAGUCUGUUCUGGCAGCUUUAGCACUUGGGAACUUGAAAGGAAUGCUGAUGCAGUUUUCUGAGAUACGAAGAUUGUGGCGAAAGGAUAAGUACGAUUGCCUGAUCUGGGUCAUGACCUUCAUCUUGGCCGUUGUCCUGGGACUGGGUUUAGGCCUGGCGGCUAGUGUGGCGUUUCAGCUCCUGACCAUCGUUUUCAGGACCCAGUUUCCCAAAUGCAGCACACUGGCUAACGUUGGAAGAAGCAACAUCUAUAAGAAUAGAAAAGACUACUUGGAAAUGUAUGAACCAGAAGGAGUGAAGAUUUUCAGAUGUCCAUCUCCUAUUUACUUUGCCAACAUUGGUUUCUUUAAGCAGAAACUUAUCGAUGCUGUUGGCUUUAGUCCACUUCGAGUUCUACGCAAGCGCAACAAAGCUUUGAAGAAAAUCCGAAAACUGCAGAAGAAGGGCCUGCUGCAAGUGACCUCGAAAGGAUUUGUAAGUACUCUCGAUGACUUCAAAGAUUCCGAUGACGAGCUGGACGAUAAGACAGAAGAGCUGGAUCAGCCAAUCAAUACCACAGACCUGCCCUUCCAGAUAGACUGGAACGCGGACCUUCCUGUCAACAUCGUGGUCCCUCAGAUCAACCUGCACAGCCUCAUUCUGGAUUUCUCAGCAGUGUCAUUUCUUGACGUUUCUUCAAUGAGGGGUCUGAAAACGAUUUUGCAAGAAUUUAUCAGGAUCCAGGUGGAUGUGUAUAUCGUUGGAACCGACGAUGACUUCAUUGAGAAGCUUGCACGGUGUAAAUUUUUUGAUGAUGAAGUCACGGACUCAAUAUUUUUCUUAACAAUCCAUGAUGCUGUUUUGCACAUUUUGACAAAGAAAGAUUACAGUACUUCCAAGUUUAAUCCCAGUCAGGAAAAAGCAGCAGCAUAUGAUUUCGCCUUAAGUACAAAUGGAGGAUUACGUAAUCGGGAAUGCCAGGUACCAAUGGAAACAAAAUUCUAAUCAAAAUAUAAUUCAGAAGGAAUCCUCAUCUGUCACAUAAAGAACAACUUUAUACCCAGAAAGUUACUGAUAAAUUCAUACA